UAAUUUGCCACUUUUCAAGUGUUGGAAGUGUUGGUUCAUGCAGCUGUCAAGGUUUUGGGCCUUUUAUUGCAAACUUUGAAGUGUUUUUGUGCAAGUUCUUCUAUCUGUGUGGGUGCUUUUUCCUGGUUCGUUUUUAUCAAGUGUUUUUAUCGCAAACACCCUUAAAAGUCUUUGAUUGGAAUCAUCGUAUGAUCGGACGACGCUUGCGCAGUGGGAUCCCGCCAACAUGGAAAUCAAACAAGUUUCGUUUGAUUUUCAUUCCAGUCUUAUGUGUCAAGAAGUUAGGUUAUUUAGCGUGUCGUACUGUCAUGCCGUCUGAAAAGUUCGAAAGAGUUCUCGUGUUGAAAAGUAUAAAUAAAAUGGAAGGUGAUAUAACACAGAAUAAUUCAAGUACAGAACUUGUGCGUUCCAAUGAAGAAAGUAACGAAACUUCUCAGAGUGAAAGGACUAUCAAAGAUGUUAAAUUUAGAGAAUGGGUUAUGGUUUUUAUAUUAUGUUUCGUCAACCUUAUCAACUAUAUGGAUAGAUUCACCUUAGCAGGCAUUUUAGAAGACAUUCAGAAAUAUUUCAACGUGCAAAAUGAUAAAGGAGGGCUUUUGCAGACGGCUUUCGUCUUAAGUUAUAUGAUUUUUGCUCCCAUAUUUGGCUACUUGGGAGACAGGUAUAGCAGGAAAAAAAUCAUGGCUUUCGGGGUCUUCCUUUGGAGUCUUACCACUUUGAUUGGUUCCUUUAUGAGAGAUUAUUGGUUCUUCCUGUUGUUCAGAGCGUUAGUAGGAAUAGGUGAAGCGAGUUAUUCGACUAUUGCACCGACGAUUAUCAGCGAUUUGUUCGUCGGCGAUGUCAGGUCGAAAAUGCUGGCAUUUUUUUAUUUUGCCAUUCCGGUGGGAAGCGGUAUGGGCUACAUCGUCGGUUCAGAAACAGCCAAAUUGGCAGGAACGUGGCAGUGGGGCUUACGAGUGACCCCAUUUCUUGGCGGUAUUGCCGUAGUUCUCAUUCUCUUUGCUCUUCGUGAUCCAGAAAGAGGUCAAAGUGAGGGUAGUAGUCACAUUCAAACGACUCCAUGGACUGAAGAUUUGAAAGAUUUAGUCAAAAAUAAAAGUUUCAUGAUUUCGACUGCGGGUUUCACGUGUGUUACUUUCGUAGCCGGAGCGUUGGCUUGGUGGGGACCUAAAUUUAUCGAAAUGGGGCUUAAGCUACAGCCGCAUGCGAGCAGCGUGGAUAGUAACAGCUCGACGUUUAUAUUCGGGGCGAUAACGAUACUGGCGGGCUUAGUUGGUUUAACUCUGGGAUGCUACUUAAGUCAAAUUCUCAAACCGAAGUAUCCCAGGGUUGAUCCCAUCAUAUGCGCAGCGGGACUACUUAUAUCAGCACCGUUACUACUAGGAACCACCUUCGCAGUCACCUAUAACAUCGUCCUCUGUUACGUACUUUUGUUCCUAGGACAGGUUGCGUUGAAUCUCAAUUGGUCUAUUGUCAGUGAUAUUUUGCUGUAUGUUGUGUUGCCUACACGAAGAUCGACCGCUGAAGGGUUCCAACUUUUGGUAUCACACGCCUUGGGGGAUGCCGGAAGUCCUUACUUAAUCGGAGUUAUUUCCGAAGCCGUUUUAAUAAUGCUCAACAAUUCGUCAAAGAGCAACGGAAAUGAUUUUAAAGCACUCCAAUACGCUUUAUUUACGACGUGUUUCGUUGAAAUCCUGGGAGCUUUCUUCUUCCUCAUCAAUGCCUUGUAUAUAUUACAAGAUAAACAUAAAGUUGAAAAAGCAAUACAGGAGGUUUCGGAUUACGACACUGCUGGCCAAGGAGAUGUUGUAUCUAAUCAAACGACCGAAUAGUCAAACUCGCAACAACUCUUAGCGGAUGGUUCAGAAACAGAAAAUCCUUCCUGAUUAUUGGUUUAUUAAGAUAGUAGGAAGUAAAAUAUCGAUAGAAGAGUGAACUUUAGACUUAUUCCUAGCCGCGUGUGUGGUUUGAACGUGUAAGGUUUUUGUGUAAAUAUAUGAGUUGUGUGAGUUCCAAUUGUGUUUUGUACAAGACUGAUUUUUAUUUGCGUUUUUUACAAAAACGUAAGAUCAAAUAAUACGCACAAUUUCUUUUUUGUAUUAUAAAUAACGAUCUUGUGAUCAUUUAGUAAGACUAAGUUUUUUAAAAUGGUAUUAGUUUUUGUUUUAUUUAUUACAAACUUGUUAUUACAUAUACCAGAAAUAAAAAUUAAUAAAUUAUAA